CUAAAUUAUGCUAAAUUCCGCGGUAUCACGUGAUACAAGAUGGUGGAAUAUCACGGGUCUCAUGGAUAAUGUAUUAAAAUUUGACGUUUAUGUCAUUUUUUCAGUAUUCUUGUUCAUCACUUGACUUAAAUUCUCUGCUCACUUGUAGAACGCGCGAGUUACUUUUGUAUAACGUGAUUUUCGAAUUUGAACAGCUGUGAAUGUACUUAAUUACGAAGAAAUGACAAUUUAUAAAAGUUUCUAUUUUUCAUCUAAGAAAUAUAAUAAAUUGACUUCAAUUAUUGUAAGAAAAAUUACAUUUUUAAGUCAUGUUACAAAUCGACCUUAAGAUAACCUCUUCACUAAUUUAUAUAAACAUCGGCACUUUAAAAAUAUUAUUAUAAAUAAUGUAUUUAUUUUGUACAUAUUUUAAAUAUAAAAUAUCUACGUUUAUUAUAGUUUAUAAAAUAUCUGUAAUAAAGGCAAAAUGUUACUAUUAAUUUAAAUAUCAAGUACUUUUACGAUAUGAUUUAAUUAAAUAUAAUCACCAUGAAUGAAGAAAGAAAUGUUGAAGAUUCUUCAUAUCUAAGUUAUGAAAUAAAUGGCACUAGAUAUAUUUUGCAAACUGUAUCAGAUCCAGCUAUAGAUAUAACAAAAACUGCAUCAACUAAUCAAGAGCAAAGUACAAUAAAUAUUAUAGAUGAAUCACAAGUAGCAAAAGAGGAUGAAUCAAUUUCUUUAAUUUGCUUAGAUGGUCAGGUUUAUGCAUUUCAAAAUGGAGAAUUACAAGAAUUAGAUUUUAAUCAAAUAAUAGAUGAAAAUGAAUCUCAAAAUAAAACAGUGUUAUUGACUAAAGAAGAUGAUAAUUAUGAAUCACAGUUUAUUACUAAUGAAGGAUUAAUAAUUGAAAAUAUUGAUGAACAUUCUCAAGAACAAUAUGAAAUUAUUGUGGGACAGAAUGAAAAAAAUUUGAUUAUGGAAAAACAUAAUGUAAAUGCUAAUGAUUUUGUAGAAGUUGUAACAGCAUUCAAAUGUAAAAUCUGUACUUAUACUACUCAAGACAAAACACAAUUAUUACAUCACUUUCAAAAAACACACGUAAAUCCUAAAAUAGAUAUAGAGGUAAAAGAAGAGUCUAAAAAUAUAGAUGAAGUAAAAUUAUUAUAUAUGUGUGGAGAAUGUUCUAAUUGCUUUCCUUCUAUUGAAGAUUGUAAAGAGCAUAUGAUAAAUGAUCAUCAAUUAACAGACACAGGUGCCAAUAAAGGUGGUAAAGAAAAUAUAACAGAUGAUUCAAAAGAUUCUGGAUUAUUAGAGUGUAUAGGACAGAGUGUUGAAAAUAAUGAUAUAAAACGUCAAGUUAAAAUUCAAAAACCUUUAAAUUCUGAAUAUAUGCUCAAUAAAAAAAUGAUUGAAUUAAUGGAAAGAAAUAUAAAGUGUUCAUAUCGAGGAUGUCCUUAUAAAUUUUCUACAGAAGAAACAAUGCAACAACAUGCUCUUUGUCAUACAGAAUCACAAAACGGAACAGCAUUUAAAUGUACCGUUUGCCGUGAUAUGAAAUUUACCAAGUGGAGACAAUGCAGCUUACAUUUAUGGAAAAAACAUCAAAUUGAUAUAGGUUUAUUUACUUGUAAAAUAUGUAAAGCAUAUAAAAGUGCUACAAUGGUGAAACUUUUAACUCACAUGCGUGUCCAUAGUGAGACUCGUGAGUAUGAAUGUUCAGAAUGUGGUAAAUGUUUUAAACAAGCCAGUCAAUUGCGUAAUCAUAGAGUUAUGCAUUUGGAUCGUAAAACAUUGGAAGUAACUCGAUGGUAUACAUCGAAAAAAUGUGAUAUGUGUGGAAAGACUUAUGCAAAUUCCAAAUGUUUAAAAAGUCAUAUUCAAGCAGUACAUUCAAAACUACGACCUUAUGUUUGUAAUGUUUGUGGGCAUUCUAGUGCUAGGAAAGCAAUGUUGCAAAUGCAUUUACGGCAACAUACUGGCGAUAAACCAUUUAGUUGUGAACUUUGUGAAUACAAAACUGGAGAUCACAAUACAUUGCGACGUCAUAUUAUGCAACAUACAGGUUUUAGACCUUAUAAAUGUCCUCAUUGUUCUUAUACUGCAAUACAAAGUAGUAGUUAUAAAAAUCAUUUAAAAUCUAGACAUCCCUUAUUGUCUGGUUUAUUUACAUGUGAUCUUUGUCCUUUUAAAACUGUUAAAAAUCAAAGUUAUAUACAACAUGUAAGAGAUCACGAAAAAGGAUUAAUCAAAGCAAAUAUGCAAAAGAAAGAUAGUGAAAAUGUUGAAGUUUUUCCUGGUAAUAUCGCAGCGGCACAAUUAAUUUAUAGUUGCUUAGGUGCCUUUUCAAAAGUGGGAGAUACUUUAGAAGCAAACUUAAUGUCUUCCUCAACAUCUGCAGAUGGUACAUCACAAACAAUUACAAUACAGAUACCAUCAAAACAUCUUGAAGGUUCACUGCCAACAAGAGAAAAUGAAACUAAAAAUAAUUCAACAAUUGAACAAGAAGAUGAAGAAACAAUGCAUUGUUUUUUAAAAAUUCCAAGGGAGGAAGAAGAAAGUAUAGAUACUGGUGGUAUAACUAUUCCUGCAGAACCUGAAGAAUCGGGUGCAACAACAAUUAAUGUUGAUACAUGAAAAUAUAGAAUAUGUUAAGAAAAAUAUUUCUAUACAUUUAAAAACAACCAGAAAUUUAUACUUCAAAAAUAAUUGAAGAAAUGCUAGUCACGCGUUACUUAGAAGGUAUGAGAAUCAACUUGUUCUUUUUUAAAGAAAUGCUAGAAUUAAUGUAUUAAUUUUUUAAAUCAUAAUUGUGAUACUAUUUUUGGAAUUGUAUAUUAUAUCUGCAAAAACAAACUUAAUAAUUCGAAUGUUUUGUUUAAAAAAAUUAAAUUUUGUACAUUAUUUUAAAGAAACGAAAGCAUGUAUAUUUUCAAUCAAUUAAUCGCAAUUGAUGAUUCUACGUUCAUAUUUGUUCAAAAAAAGCUUUAUUUGCUCUAAAAUAAGUUUUUAUGGUUGAAAAAAAACUAAUUUUGAGAUUUUUUAUUUUAAAUUUUAUUAUGAAUAUAAUUUAUUAUAUAUUAAAACACAUUUAAGAUUUUGAAUGUAUUUAUUGAUAAUUAAUAGGAAAUUAGUAGAAGUGUACAUAAAAAUUGUAAAAUAAUAAUCUGGAAACCGUUAUAUAAAAUGUAAAUUACAAUGUUUCGUAUAGUUUACAAUAUGAUUAAAAUAAUAUUUUACAUGAUGGACUAAAGAAAAGUUCUCUAGUCUUUUUGACUUAAUUAAUCAUCAGGUAAAAAUAAUACUUAUUGCUAUGGAAGAUUGAAUUUAUGAUUCUUUUAAAAGAUUUUACAUAUUAAUUAUUGGAUUUCACAAAUAUGUCUCACAAAUUGAAAUUUGAGUAUCAAUUUGCUUAAGUGCGAGAUUUGUGAAAAUGGUAACUAAUGUGUCAUAUAAACAUAUUUUUUAAAAAUCCAAUAGAAAGUUUAAAAAAUAGCUAAGUAAAUUAUAGUAUAUAACGGCGUUUUAUAUGCAUUUUGUAAAAAAAAAUGUGAAAUGAAAUAAAAAAUACUGCUUUUCAGAAUAGCCUAAGCAAAUUGAUACGAGUUAUUAUUUACAGCUAAUUAUCCAUAAAAUGUGAGAAGCUCCUUUUUUUAAGCAGCUGUUACGGAUCUUCUCGUAAAUUACACAUCAUAUCACAACUAACAAUCCCUGGGCAGUUCGCCAUAAUAUGCCGUUAAAGCUAUUAACUUUUUGUCCAGAAAGUUCUGCUCCACUUCUACACCACCACCUACUCCGGCUAACAUGGCAAGCUGUAAAUUUGUAUAUGUGUAUAAAAAGACAAAGCAAUUAUUGUAGAAUAUAUUAUAAAAUAAUAUAGAAUAUCAAAAUUUUUUGAAUUUUAUGAAAUUAUAAAAAUUUACCUGCAUAGUAUCUACAUUUCUAGGUAGAAAGUAGGCCACAUGAUCUGUGAUUUUUCUUGCUAUAUUAAAUAAAUUUUCUCCACCAAUGGGAUGCAUAAUAUUAUUGAGAUCAAAAGUUUCAUUCUUAGCAUAUCCUGGUCCUCCCCAUGGUGGACUUAGAAAUACAACAUCUGCGAUUAACUUUGAUGCGAGUGUAAAGAAAUCUCCAACAAUAAAUUCUAUUCUGUCAUCAACACCAUAAAUUCGAGCAUUAUUUCGAGCGAGUUCGAUUUUAACUGGAUCUAUGUCUAUCGCUAAUACUGUGAAAAAAAAUAUUAUGAAUUUGUGUAUUAACUAUUUAUAUAUAAAUAGUAUAUAUAAUAAUAGUAUAAUAUAAAUGAACAUACCUCUUUCACACGUGAAAGCAAAUUGUAUAGCAUUUCCUCCUGCACCGCAGAAUGCAUCAAUUAUAGUAUCGCAUUUACAUCUUUCGGCUAUAUGCUCGGCAAUUUUUUCUGGUGUUACGGAAAACCAACUUUCUAUAAACAAAUAUUUUAUUAUAAAAAUUAAAAAAUUACUGAUAUAUACAUACUAGUAAAUAUAUCUUUCAAUAUAAAUUUAAAAUAAAUUUUCAUAUAUACUAAUAUUAAAGAACA